AACCAUUACACGCAAAUGUACCAAAUGCAAGAGGCAACAAUCCCUUCUAAUUUAUUCACACUAACUUCACUUUCACGUAACCCACUUUCACAUAACACAAUAAGACCAAAAUAAAAUCACACCAAUGAUUCUUAGAUCCACAAAAAAAAGAACUUCUUUUAGGGACUUGGGGUUAUGCAUGUAUGUAUGUACCUAAAAUCACAUCAUAUAUCAAAGUCCUAAAAAACCCUUCCAAGUCCAAAUCUUUCAUAAAAAAAAUUAUACCCUUUUGGCCAUUCAUUCCAAAACCACACAAAAGACCACAAAUUUUUCACAUUAGAAUGCUAAGUUGCUAACACAAUCUGAUUCAAACAAGAACAAGAACAAGAACAUGAACACUUUGAGUCAAAUAUUCCAAAACAUGUUCUCAGACAACAGCAACAUAAUGCUUGCAGCCAUAAUAUCUUUGCUCCUUGUAAUCCUCUUUGUCCUUCUCCUCCAUCUCUAUGCUAAAUGGUUCCUAGCUCAGGCUCAGGCUCAGGCAAAUGCUCGCCGCCGUCGUCGCCGCCGCCGCAGAGCAGCCACAGUAACUGUUUCUGAUGUUCUUGGCCCUGCAAGGUUCCACCACUUCCACAGCUUCAACAUAGAAGAUUCACCAAUAUUCCCAUCAUCAUCAAGUUCUCAUCACAAUACAUCAAAAGGGUUAGAUUCUUCUAUCAUUGCAAGAAUUCCUCUUUUCAUUUAUACUACUACUAAUUCAGAAGUAUUGAAAGGUAGUGAAGAAGUUGAGAAUAGUGAUGAGCUUGAGUGUGUGAUUUGUUUGAGUUCUUUUGAAGAUGGAGAGAUGGGAAGGUGUUUACCAAAAUGUGGACAUGGUUUUCAUGUUGAAUGCAUUGAUAUGUGGCUGAAUUCUCAUUCAAAUUGUCCAAUUUGCAGGGCUCCAAUAAUUAUUAGUAGUGGGAUUGUUGUUGAGAAUGACAAUUCCCAAUUAGGUUCUGUUAUUGAUGAUGGGGGUGAUCAUAAUGAUCAUGAUCAUGAUCAUGUUCAUGUUCAUAAUGUUGAUGAUGGUAGUGGUGCCUCUGCUUUAGUUGAGAUUGUGGUUGAUGAUUUUGGUCAAAGUUCUGAAAUUAGAGAGAAUAAUGAAAAUGGAGAAAGAGUGAGUAGUAGCAGUGAUUCUUCUGUCUCAGAAACAGAAACCUCAACAUCUUUGGUAAUUGUUGGUUGUUCUUUGAAGAGAAUGUUGAGCAAAGUUUUUCCAUCUUCUAAUAAUGCAAAUGUAAAUGAAUUACAAACUUAGAUAUUUAUAUAUGAUGUCAUGAAAAUGAGCAAAAUCAACCACUUCUUCUGUAUAGAUUACUAUUAAUUUCUUGGCUUGGUUUAUGCAUCUUUCAUGUGAAAAUUGUUUAUGGUCUCUAAUGUUGUCAAAUUUCUUUCUUUCUUUCUUUCUUUCUUUUCUCUGUUUUUAUAUUAGGUUCCUUAAUUACAAAAUAAAUAAGAAAAUCAUUUUUGGACAUAGAUAUGAUUUAUACUCCAUUUUGGAUACUAGUUGGGGAUUUCAGGUAGGAAUAAUAAAAAUGAUAAAAUUCACUUUUAUUGUGUUAAUAUAAGGUGUUAGAUUUGCAUUCAUACAAGAACUUCUCUUAUAUCAUAUAUGAAAUUAUUAGGGGAAAAAAAAUAAAAAAUAAAAAUUCUUGAUUUCUUAUAUUCUUCCACAAUAAAUUUUCUAAGAGUGCAAUUGAGAAUCCCAAUUUAUUACAUGGUGUUGGGUUAAUUCAGUGUUUUGUGCCACUCUGCUCACAUCACAAUUCACAAUGCUAGAGAAUCAUCAUCUUCUGUUGCAUAAUCCAAAUUUAUGAGAAUCACUCUCAAGUGAAUUUCUUUGAAUGAUGUUAAAACUUAAAAGCAAGGAAGCGAGAAUGAGGAAAGUAAGAACUAUUCUAUUGCUUGAUUUGAACAUUGGCUAGUAGUGUACUAUAUAAACAUGUACACUAGUACUAUAUAGGUGUAUGUAUAGGUGUAUGUCAUGACAAAGAAAAAGACAAAAGAUAGUAUGUUUGUACUUAAGAUACCAGUGCUGUAAUUGGUGAUCCAUCUGUCAUGAAUCAUGAUGCAACUUUAACGGCAAUCAUUGUUUUCAGCUCUGGAUUCUACACUAUAUGGUCAUUCUUACAAAACAAAUAUAUUUUUUGGUUAUUUAAUUUUUAUCAUGCUUUUAAAAUCUUUUAAGUGUUUAUUUCGGCUCAUUUUUUUUUGUUAUGGAACAAAGUUUGGUGUUGUUCAAUG